UCCUCCCAACUUACAGUAACUUAUUACAAACAAGCACCCCACAACAUUGUUAAUUCUUGUCUGGUCAACCAAGCCAUGUUGACCAACAAGGCUCUCCCUUCACUUCCAUUUUCUUCUUCUCCACGGCAGUUCUUCCCCAAUCUCAAACCACAAUAAUCUAUCUAUAGUUUACCCCACCAAGCUAAGAGAUCAAACAACUACACAAAUAAUUUUUUUUUUAAAUGGCCACGAUUUCUUUUACCUUUUUUACAGCCAUUUUGCUGUUUUCCUUGUGCAACGAAUCAUUUGCACUUAACAGUAUUCGACCGUCGGAGUCCAUUAAUAGCAGUGAUGGCACAACUUUGGUCUCCAAUGGAGAAAGCUUUGAACUGGGUUUUUUCACUCCAGGCAAUUCCACUAAUCGUUAUGUCGGAAUUUGGUACAAAAACAUCCCGGUUCAAACCGUCGUUUGGGUUGCAAACAGAUGUAGUCCAAUCAAUGAUUCCUCUGGCUUGUUGAUGAUAAACGACACAGGAAAUCUUGUGCUUUUGAAUCAUAACAAGAGUGUCGUUUGGUCUACAAAUUCGUCGAAAGAAGCCAAGAAACCGAUAGUAGAGCUCCUAGAUUCUGGGAAUCUUGUACUGAGAGAUGAGGAAGAUGGAAACUCGGAGAACUAUUUGUGGCAAAGCUUUGACUAUCCUUGUGACAACAACAUGCCCGAGAUGAAAAUAGGGCAGGACUUGAGGACGGGUUUCGAAAGGCGGUUAUCGGCGUGGAAGAGUUGGGAUAAUCCUUGUCCUGGAGACUUCACUUAUGGGAUUGAGCUUAAUGCAAAGAUUCAUUCAUUCCCCGAGCCAAUGAUCCGAAGAGGAAAGGUGAAGUUUUAUCGAACGGGGCCUUGGAUUGGCCUUCGCUUUAGUGGCUCGCCGGAUUUAAGGCCUAAUCCUGUUUUUGACUAUGAAUUUGUUUCCAAUGACGAGGAGGUCUACUACACGUACCAUCUGAAGAAUAAGUCGGUGAUCUCGAGGAUAGUUAUGAACCAAACGACUCUUUCCCGCCAACGCUUGACUUGGAUGGAGGCCGAGCAGAGUUGGAAGACUUACAAUUCAGUCCCGAGAGACUACUGCGACAACUACGGUCUCUGCGGGGCUAAUGGGAAAUGCAUCAUAAACGAGAAUCCGGUUUGCCAAUGUCUAGAUGGAUUUACACCCAAGUAUCAAGAAAAAUGGAGUUUGAUGGACUGGUCUGGAGGAUGUGUUAGAAAUGUUCCCUUGAGUUGUGAGGAUAAAGCGAGUGACGGGUUUGUGAAAUACUCGAGCUUGAAAUUGCCUGAUGCUGAGCAUUCUUGGGUGAAUGCAAGUAUGAAUCUAAAGGAAUGCAGGGCCAUAUGCUUGAGCAACUGUACUUGUAUGGCUUAUAGCAAUUCGGAUAUCAGAGGAGACGGCAGUGGCUGCGCUAUGUGGUUCAGCGAUCUAUUAGAUAUUAGACAAUUUUCUUCCAGUGGACAAGAUCUUUAUAUUCGAAUGCCGGCUUCAGAACUAGAAAAAGCGAAAAGUAAUCGUACAGUGAAGCGAGCAGUGAUAGCUGUAGCUGUGGUCAUUGGAGUAGUUUGUGGGAUGGUCUUGGUAGGCUGUUACAUUUGCAGAAGGAGGAAAAUAACUGAAGAAACAGAGAGAAAUCUAAUGGCAAGUAGAAAUGAAGGCCAAGAAGAUGACCUGGAGCUCCCAUUGUUUAGCUUACCUACAAUUAUUAAUGCCACUAAUUGUUUUUCAUUCAAUAAUAAGCUUGGGGAAGGUGGUUUUGGACCUGUAUACAAAGGUAUGCUUGAAGGCAGGCAAGAAAUCGCUGUUAAGAGGCUAUCAAUGUGUUCUGGACAAGGCGUCAACGAGUUCAUGAAUGAAGUAAAACUAAUUGCCAAACUUCAACAUCGGAAUCUUGUAAAGCUUUUUGGCUGCUGCAUUCAGGGAGAAGAGAAAUUGCUGGUUUAUGAAUAUAUGCCCAACAGAAGUCUUGACUUUUUCAUUUUUGAUGUAAAACAAGGCAAGAUAUUAGAAUGGUCCACGCGCUUCCAAAUAAUAUGUGGAAUUGCUCGAGGACUUCUCUAUCUCCACCAUGAUUCCAGAUUGAGAAUUAUACAUAGAGAUCUUAAAGCUAGUAAUGUUUUACUGGAUAAAGAAAUGAACCCCAAAAUUUCAGACUUUGGCUUGGCUAGAAUGUUCGGAGGAGAUCAAAUAGAAGGAAACACAAGCAGAGUCGUAGGAACUUACGGCUAUAUGGCGCCCGAGUACGCUUUUGACGGCCUAUUCUCGAUAAAAUCCGACGUCUUUAGCUUUGGCAUAUUGGUGUUGGAGAUCAUAAGCGGAAAGAGAAGCAGAGGAUUUCACUAUGAGAACCAUGGCGUUACCCUCAUCGGACAUGCAUGGACAUUCCUAAAGGAAGGUCGAGCACUCGAACUUAUCGAUGCACGUCUGGUGGAGUCGGAUGAAAAUCUACCGGAAGUGUUGCGUUGCAUCCAUGUCGGUCUCUUAUGUGUUCAACAACGUCCGGUCGAUAGACCGAACAUGUCAACGGUUGUUCUGAUGUUGGGUGGUGAGAGUUCUUUGCCUCAGCCCAAACCACCAGGCUAUUUCAUGGAGACAGAUUGCAAGUUAGAAGGAGAUCAUUCGUCCAGUAAGCCACAGUCCUCUUCUACAUGCGAUAUAUCCAUAUCAGUUCUAGAGCCUCGAUAGGAUUUGGUUUAUUUGUAGUGUCAAAAAAAGAAACAUGUUAAUUUGUUGUGUAAACAGGUACAUUUUUAGUGUUAGCCUAUUUGUUUUGUUUCA